AUGCAAACCAAUCGUAUGGGACUUGGUCUGCGUCCUCCUUUGCCGUCUUACGGCCAAGGCCCCUCAAUGUCGACUCUCGCACAGCAGCAGCAACAACAACAGCAAAUUCAAAACAUGCACCUUCAGAAACAGACAACGCUAUUUGUGGGCUCGAUCUCUGGAGGCAUCACUGACGUAUUCUUGAACCAACUUUUAUCUGCAUGUGGCACUGUUAACUCCUUCAAACGGCUGAUAACUCCUGCCAACAAACCGCAAGGUUUUGGUUUUGCUGAGUUCGAAGAGCCCACAGCGGCCCUUCGGGCGUUGAGUCUCUUGAAUGGGAUCGAGCUACCAGCGUUAGAAGACGGAUGCGCCAAUAAGAAGCUACUUGUGAAAGCGGAUGAAAAGACAAAGCUCUUCUUGGAUAGCUUCAGCGCUCAUCAAAUGUCGACCGAUGCCGAAGAUGCCAAAAGGCAGGAAGCAAAAGCCAAGAUCGAUGAGCUUGUUGCCGACAUUAAUCGAGUAUCCCAGGACGCCGCAAACAAUGGCCUCAUUGACAAGGAGAAAUACAUUAUACCCCCACACCUCCACGACCUUCAGGAAGCUGACCUACCAGAGACACAAAGAGGGUUGGUUAUCUCCGAAAUUGCGCAAUUCCGUGAGCGAGCUGCAAAGCGGGAACGAGAAAAGAUGCGUGAUGUACGUGAGAGUAUACCCGCGAUUGCUGGGACUCCUGGUGGCCCGAAAGCCAGGGAAUGGGGAAAGCCUCAAAGCCGACAAGACACCGCUUCAACGUCGUCGAAAUCUCUGGGAUUUGGACAAGGCGCUCAGGGAUAUAGCAAACCGGUCGGCUUUGUCAAGGCAGAAGACGCAAAUGCUGGGAAAGAUCCUUUGAGAGAAGGGGAGCAACCAACAAAAACAGACGAGGAGCUGGAAGCGGAGAGGAAAGAGCAAAGACGACAAGAGGAAGAACUUUCAUUCAAAGACCGUGAACGUCGAUACGAGCCCCGAGAACGAACACGGAUAAAUGCGUUGGAACGAGCCAUUGCUCGGGAACGGUCUCAGCGAGAGGCCGAAGAACGCGACCGAGUUGAGAUCAAAGUUCGCCUGGAUGUCUGGGACGACGACGAAAGUGAUGAGCUAUUUUAUGUUGAUCGUGCACGUUGGCGCCAUCUUCGUCAACGGCGGCUCGAGGCGGAAGAGGCUGCUGACGAAAAGUCACGUCGAUUCGAAGAGCAAGAGGCUGAAAAUCUUCGCCGUGAAUCAGAGGACUUCCUGGCCAGACAAAUGGACGAAAUGCAGGCACUGGCAGAGGAACAGCGAAAAGCUGGACUGCUCUUAGAUGAUGGGGCGCCUGUUCGGCUAAAUGUUUCCAUUGCGACCCAAAGUUCAAAAGAGAAGGAACCGACGGGCAAAGAGAAGGCCACGGUGUUUGCUCAUGACGAAGAAGAAGAAGAUGCAGCCAAGAAACGAAGAGCACCUCUUGUCAAACUCGACUUCAGCGUGGCCGAGAGUGGGGAACAGACGAGAGAACGUCUGGAAAGAAUUCGACAAUCUGUUCCUCAUGACAAAGAGAGUCUAUUUAAGGGGAAGGUCCGGUGGGACGGUCUGAACGAUUUGACGAUUGACCGAAAACUUGAGCCUCUUGUUAAGCGACUAAUGGUCAAGUACCUCGGAGAAAUGGAGGAAGAGGAUCUCAUCAUGUUUGUGGUCGAACAUCUCAAAGAUCAUAAGGGUCCGCAAAAGCUCAUUGAAGGCCUCGAACCUGUUUUAGAAGAAGAAGCAGUCGAACUCGUUGUCAGCGUUUGGCGACAAAUCAUUUUCGAAAGUAUGGCAUACAACGAAGGGCUCCUGACGGAAAAGGUGCUUGUUGACUAA